AUGGACUCACAAUCGGAUAGCCUGAUGAGUGAUGAUGGCCGGCCCCACGGAAAUUCAGAUAUACCCAUUGGUCACCACAUGCAUAAACUUGUCAGCACAAAAACAAUGAAAGAUAUGUGCAAGAAAACCCAUUCAUUCAUGAUCAUCAUCCUUCUACUACAACAACUCAGCCCAUUUGAUCAUAAAGUUGCUGCUACACAAAACAACAUUGAUGAUGAUGAUGAUGAGCAUGGACAAUGCGGCAGUUCGGUCGGAGAAUUGCAGACAGAAUCCGAGAGAUGCCGCAGGUUUCUUGGAACGAAAAAAUACAUAUCUCCCGGGGCACUCAAGGCCGACCAGCCGGCAUGUGGGAUAGUAGUGAGGGGUGAGCCGUACAGUAACAGUUGUCUACCUCCACAGGCAAACCGUCCCAACAGAGGCUGCAACAAGUACUACAGGUGUAGGAAGUGA